AUGGGUCUCGAAGCGGAUGAAAAGGCUAUGGGCCCUUCAUCUGCAGAAAUGAAUGGAAACGGAGUCAGCGACAAUGGAAACACAGUCGGUACUGUCACAGAUCUAACGGCUCUCACGACACUUGGUUAUACUCCUGAGUUGAAGCGAAAUCGAUCUUUAUAUACACUACUCUUCCAGACUCUUGCUAUCGCCGCGAUUCCUUACGGAGAAGGUGGUCCUCUUAUCAGCGCUAUUUACGGAGGUGGCCAAUUAUCAAUCUUUCUCGGUUGGAUUGUUGUCUUGAUCCUCGACGAAUGUGUUGCUCUUUCUCUCGCUGAGCUCGCGUCACGUUAUCCAACCUCAGCAGGUCCAUACUACUGGUCUUUCCAAAUCGCCAAAAACCACAAGACGGUUUUAUCUUUCAUCACAGGAUGGAUCUGGCUUAUUGGCAACUGGACUAUCACACUCUCGGUCAAUUUCGGCUUCGCAGCACUUCUCACGGCAACGGUAGCAAUCUAUCAUCCAGACUUUGCACCAACGGCAUGGCAAUCACUGCUCAUCUUCUACUUAAUAUGCAUCUGCGCAUUCCUCAUAUGUGCAUUUUGCAACAAGUUCCUCCCAAUGGUUGAUACCAUCUGCGCAGCCUGGACCGCCGUCUCCAUCUUCAUCAUCCUCGUCGCCCUCUCCGCCAAAGCAGAUGUCGGCCGCCACAGCGCAUCCUACACUCUGGGCCACUAUGAUACCUCCCUCUCCGGCUGGGGUGGCUUCACAUUUUUCAUCGGUCUCCUCCCCGCCGCUUACACCUUCAGCGCCAUCGGCAUGAUCGCCAGCAUGGCCGAAGAAGUCUCCUCGCCCGCAACCGUCGUCCCUAAAGCCCUCGCCCUCUGCGUCCCCGUAGGCGGUAUCGCAGGACUCUUCUUUAUCAUCCCGAUCUGCGCUACCAUGCCCCCAUUAGAAGAAAUCAUCCUCGCACCCUCCGGCCAAGCUCUCCCCUACAUUUUCCACAUGGUCAUGGGCACCCCCGGCGGCGGCCUCGGUCUCACGUUCCUUGUCCUAGGCGUCACGGCUUUCUGCUCCAUCAGCAUCACCGUCGCAGCAUCAAGAUGUACAUGGGCAUUUGCGCGUGACCAAGCAAUCCCCGGUUCGAAACUCUUCGGCACUGUCAACCACUCUCUCGGCGUCCCUGUGAAUGCCCUCGGCCUCGUCACAAUCGUACAAAUGCUCCUAGGUCUCAUCAACCUCGGUUCCACAUCCGCGUUCACUGCAUUCGUCAGCGUAGGCGUCAUUGGUCUCGCAGUCAGCUACGCGAUCCCCAUCGCGAUCUCUCUAUUGUGGGAUCGCAGAGUCGCUGUCAAUAGCGCGAAAUGGAAUGUAGGUAACCUGGUCGGCACGAUUGCGAAUGUGGUUGCGUUGUGCUGGAUUACAUUCGAGGUGGUGUUGUUUAGUAUGCCGACUGUAUUGCCGGUUACUAGUAUUUCCAUGAAUUAUGCUAGUGUGGUAUUAGUUGGGUUUGGGGUUCUUGCGGGGGCUUGGUAUGGGAUAUAUGCUAGGAAAGUAUAUAAGGGUCCGCCAGCAUCUGAUGGUCUCUCCUAG